AUGUCCAUCAUUCUACUCCUCUUCUUCUACUUUGGUACUUCUGUCUCCGCCCAAACUCCAGAUUCCCAAUGUUUCUGGAAAACUUCCAAUCGAAUCAUCUCCAAAGCCUCACCAGGCUGGAGUACGGCGAGGACUGCUACUAGGACGGCGACUGGGACUGGGACUGCGAGGACUACCGGGGACAAUGGAAGGGGAAACAGUACUGGAGGAGGAGGAGGUGGUGGUGGUGGUGGUGGUGGUGGUGGUGGAUUGAGCACAGGAGCACAAGCAGGUAUUGGUGUAGCAUGUGGGUUGGUCGGGGUGGCGAUUAUUGGAGGAUUGGCAUUCUUUCUUGUGAGGAGGAAAAGCAGUCACAGUGCUGAGGAGGAAAACGUGGCGACAGAAGGAGCACAUUUCUUGGCCAGUUGGACAUCCAUGACUUCCAUCGCUGCAUUCGAUUGCCGUUUCCACGGUCCUUUUGAAGCAGUAGCCGGUGUACUGCGCCUGGCCAGAGACUGUGUAACAGGACUGAUUCCAGUCCUCGACGUCCGAGAUCUGGAUAGCGGAGCUGAAGCACUGCGAAUGGCGAGUGAUUCAGAGAGUGGCUGCGGGCGCGAUAGUGCGCUCUCGCCGGCAAAAGGACUUCCAUCCGAGCUAUUCGAAACAAUGUAG